GCAUGAGCCUGAGCAGGCCAGCUCCAUUUUCAUCUGCGCAGAGCUUUGGACAGAGGCUGGGUGGUCAGCAAGAAGAGACUGCAGCUGCAACACCUCACCUGAAACCUAGAAGGCAGACGCCAUUCAUUCAUCAGCCGUGGCACAGACUCAUAAGGCAGAUCAAGGCCUGUGUGCAUGUGCAGCGCUGCAGUGAUUAGUGGGUAGCACGUGGGCACUAAUGGCAUCUGUGGAUCACCAGUGCAAACAACACCCUACAGAUGCCCACAAACAUGAUGGCAGCAGUCCUGGGGGUCCAGUUUGUCCUGUCCACAGUCCUGCGCCUGAGGAGGCCAAGAGGACCCGAAAGGCUCUCGGCCGACACCGAGACUAUGUCAAGAUCUCUUUGCCGGAUGGCAGGGCCAACAGGCUGCCCAUGGAGUGGUGGAAGACACUCAUCACUUUCAUGUAUGCUGCCUUCAACCUGGUGCUGACCACAGUGAUGAUAACAGUGGUGCAUGAAAGAGUUCCAGCCAAAGAGAGCAGCCCACCACUCCCUGACAAGUUCUUCGACUACAUUGACCGCGUGAAGUGGGCGUUUACAGUGACCGAGGUCAACGGCAUGGUGUUGGUGGGGAUUUGGUCCCUGCAGUGGCUCUUCCACAAAUAUCGGGCCAUUCUGGGCAGGAGGUUCUUCUUCCUCAUGGGCACAUUGUACCUGUAUCGCUGCGUCACUAUGUACAUCACCACUCUGCCUGUGCCCAGCAUGCACAUGACCUGUGCCCCGAAGCUUUACGGAGACUCUCAGGCCAAGUUACAGCGUGUGCUGCAGCUGAUCUCUGGAGCUGGACUGUCCAUCACUGGCUCACACAUCAUGUGUGGGGAUUUCCUGUACAGUGGCCACACAGUCAUGCUGACACUCACAUAUCUCUUCAUCAAGGAGUAUUCUCCACGCUCCUUCUGGUGGUACCACCUGCUCUGCUGGCUCCUGGCCGCAGUUGGGGUAGUGUGUAUCCUAGUGGCUCACGAGCACUACAGUGUGGACGUCGUGGUUGGCUACUUCAUCACCUCACGCCUCUUCUACUGGUAUCACACCAUGGCCAAUGUACAGGUUCUGCGGAGCUCACCCAACUACCUCACCCACACCUGGUGGAACCCCAUCUUUAACUUCCUCGAGCGCAACGUCCAGACCCAAGUGCCUUGCUCUUUCUGCUGGCCUGUCACGUGGCCACCGGCCUGCCUGAAGAACCCCUGCAAGAAGUAUUCCAUGGUGAACAGCGUACGAGAGGAGUGACAGCAUCGCAUAUUUUACCAGAACUGUGUUUUUUUUUAUGCCGUGAUGAUCAUACUGUGUUCAUGGUUGCCUGAAAUGUACAGAAAUCAUACCAAAGAGGUUGUGAGAUAAUCACUGGCUCAGGUUUCAGCAGAAUUAAAGAGAGGAAAAUAUGUGUAGUCCAUUUUUUAAAUGCGUAUAAAUAUGCAAACUUUAAUAUAUCAUGAUCAUAUUACUGUUUUUAUAGAUGAAUCUCCAAGAACUUAUAUGAAUAAUAUUCUUCAGUCAGUUCGGUUGAGCAAAUAGUUUUCACGUUUUUCCCACAUGUUGACAUUUUUAAUUCGAUUUUGUUUUCGUUAUUUUGUUAUAUGUCUUCUCUUUGCUAUUACAAAUUUGAAUCCAAAAGGUUUUUUUUUGUAAUGUUCCAAAUGUGCCUUUCCAAUGCAUGCAAUGUUUCUUUCUUUUUAUUAUUUAUCAA